UUCCUUUUAUAGUUAUUUCUCGCCUGGCACUCGCCCGGGCCGCCGCCGCUGCUGCUGCUGCUGCUGCUGCCGCCGCGGCGGGGGCCGCUCGCGAACCUGUGGCGGUGACGUGAGACCGGCCAACCCGGAAACGGCGGCGGCGGCGGCACCCGAGGCUCCGAGGCUCCUGCGCUCCAGCGCCCGCGGCCGCGCUCCCCUCGCCGCUCGCCCGGCCGCCAGGAGACGACACUGAGGCCUGGAAUUUGAGCAUCACGUUCAGGGUUACCAAGUUGAUAGAAGGACAAGAACAGAACCACCAGCACUGGCUGAAGCUUUCUUUCAGUAGAAGAGGUUUGCUGGCAUGGGUAAUCUCAUUAAGGUGCUAACCAGGGACAUAGACCACAAUGCAGCACAUUUUUUCUUGGACUUUGAAAAUGCCCAGCCUACAGAGUCUGAGAAGGAAAUUUAUAAUCAGGUGAAUGUAGUAUUAAAAGAUGCAGAAGGUAUCUUGGAAGAUUUGCAGUCAUAUAGAGGAGCUGGCCAUGAAAUACGAGAGGCGAUCCAGCAUCCAGCAGAUGAGAAGUUGCAGGAGAAGGCUUGGGGCGCGGUUGUUCCUCUAGUAGGCAAAUUAAAGAAAUUUUAUGAAUUUUCUCAGAGGUUAGAAGCAGCACUAAGAGGCCUUCUGGGAGCCUUGACCAGUACCCCAUACUCUCCCACGCAGCAUCUAGAGCGAGAGCAGGCUCUUGCCAAACAGUUCGCGGAGAUUCUUCACUUCACACUCCGGUUCGACGAACUCAAGAUGACAAAUCCCGCCAUACAGAAUGAUUUCAGCUAUUACAGAAGAACAUUGAGUCGUAUGAGGAUUAAUAACGUUCCAGCAGAAGGAGAAAAUGAAGUAAAUAAUGAAUUGGCAAAUCGAAUGUCUUUGUUUUAUGCUGAGGCAACCCCAAUGCUGAAAACCUUAAGUGACGCCACAACAAAAUUUGUAUCAGAGAAUAAAAAUUUACCAAUAGAAAAUACCACAGAUUGUCUAAGCACCAUGGCCAGUGUAUGCAGAGUCAUGCUCGAAACACCGGAAUACAGAAGCAGAUUUACAAAUGAAGAGACAGUGUCAUUCUGCUUGAGGGUAAUGGUGGGUGUCAUAAUACUCUAUGACCACGUACAUCCAGUGGGAGCAUUUGCCAAAACUUCAAAAAUUGAUAUGAAAGGUUGUAUCAAAGUUCUUAAGGACCAACCUCCCAAUAGCGUAGAAGGUCUUCUAAAUGCUCUCAGGUACACAACAAAACAUUUGAACGAUGAGACUACCUCCAAGCAAAUCAGAUCCAUGCUGCAAUAGCAGCCCUGGGCGGGCGCCUGCUGUGGACAGAAGACAGUAUUCUGCAGUGGCUGAGAAUGCACAGUUUUUAGUGAUUGCAAUUACUAUCUCAUGUACUCCUGCUUUUUAUUUCUUUCCUCUGUUCCUCUUCCCUCUUUUUUAAUCAUGUUCUCGUUCUCAAGACUUCUUUUCUGUGCCAAAACCAGUAAAGUUCUACUCUGAAGGGACACUGUCCUUUCGAAUGGGCCAUCUAAGGCAGCUAAUUCCGCAUUGCAUUGGGGUCUCUACUGAGAAAAAUUCUGUGACUUGAACUAAAUAUUUUUAAAUGUGGAUUUUUUUUGAAAACUAAUAUUUAAUAUUGCUUCUCCUGCAUGGCAAAACUGCCUAUUCUGCUAUUUAAAAACCGUCAACGACUUUAUUUUCUACUGCCGCUUUUUUCAUGUGCAGCCAAAAUGAAAAUGUUUAAAUUAACUGUGUUGUACAAAUGGUACCCAACACAAACUUUUUUUAAAUUAGUAAGACUUUUGUUUAAAGUUUUAAGUUUGCAUUUUGACUUUUUUUGUAAGGAUGUAUGUUGUGUGUUUAACCUUUAUUAACUAACGUUAAAAACUGUGAUGUGUGCGUAGAAUAUUACGUAUGCAUGUUCAUGUUUAAAGAAUGGCUGUUGAUGAUAAAAUAAAAAUCAGCUUUCAUUUUUCUAA